AUCCAUCACUCCAAAACAGAAUCACACAUACACACUGAGAUGAAAACCAGAGAAACCCCGUCAGACGUUAGGACAAAAGAAGCUGAAAAGACAGCAACAGGCAGCACCAUAUAAAUGAAGAGAGAGAAAAGAGCGAGUAUGCUUUUGCUUUUUAGUGUUUUCUUUUGAGUUAAUGGCGCGAGAGGCUUUGCUCUCGCCGGAGACGAGCAUCUCUGAUGGACGAUCUGCGACGACUCUUCCGUAGACGAAGCAGUGAUGAUGUUUCAUCUGUUGAUAUGGUGGAUCCGAAGCAGAAGCCGAAGCUUGAACGUCGCAACGCACUCAGGAAUAUUGACUACGAUUCUUCUCCUUCUUCCUCCGAUGAUAUGUCCUCCCGUCUCCGAACUCGAUCGCUUGAUAUCAUCACUUUGGACAAGAAUACUAGUUUCAGACUAGAAGGUAACGAAGGUGAGUUCGACCGGCUCUGCGAGACUCUGGGGCUUUCAGGUCCUGAAGAUUUUGCAAUUCCAGCGGCUGCUUGGGAGGCUAGAAAAGCUCGUUCUUCCUCUGAUGUUUUCCCUAGGUCUCGAUUCAGUCGGAUCGAUAAACUCACUAAGCCAGAGGAGGAGGAAGAGGAGAGACUUAAAGCUAGGGUUAGGGUUAAUGAUGAAGAGGCAGUGUUGCGUGACCUUACUACGUCAAACGACUCUAAAAAUUCACUUGGUGUGGGCCCUUCUGCCACUACCGCCUGCGGUGGUGAUGGUGGUGGCGUCGCCGGAGGUGGAGGAGGAAUUAAAGGGGUUCGCCCGCCACUGCUCACUCCGCCGCCUUUGAAGGGUAGGUAUGUCGAUGAUAUGUCUUCGGCCUCGACAUGGGAUAUAAUGAGGUCUUUUGCGCCUGAGGAUGAAAGGGGUUCGUCCUCGUGUCCGGUAAGGAGUUUAGAUUCGAGCUCAUCUGAUAAGGAGGACGAGGUUGGUGUUAGUGGAGAUCGGGAAGAGCUUAAUGAUGGGGAAGUUGUUGGGAGAGAAGAACAGCAUGGAAAUGAAGUGAGAGGUAGGGAGACUACUGUUAUGUCAGAUUCGCCUAUAUUUUUAACAUCAAACGAUGAGGAUUCUUCGAGUGCAACCACGGAAACCACAUACAAUAUUUCGCCUGAUGGGUUUUUCAGACGAAACAUCACUUCCUGGCAACGAGGCGAUAUGCUUGGAAGUGGGUCGUUUGGGACUGUGUAUGAAGCGUUCACCGAUGAUGGAUUCUUUUUUGCUGUAAAAGAGGUUUCUUUGCUUGACCCAAGUCAGCAAAGCAUUCAUCAACUUGAGCAGGAAAUUGCUCUUUUAAAGGAGUUUGAACAUGAGAAUAUUGUCCACUACCUUGGAACAGACAGGCAUGAAGGAAAACUAUAUAUCUUUCUUGAGCUUGUAACGCGAGGUUCUUUGGUAAAUGUAUAUCGAAAGUAUCAUCUCAGAGAUUCCCAAGUCUCAGCCUACACAAGGCAGAUCCUGAGUGGUUUGAAAUAUCUUCACGAUCGAAAUGUUGUUCACAGGGAUAUCAAAUGUGCUAAUAUUUUGGUGCAUACAAGUGGAUCUGUGAAACUUGCAGAUUUUGGGUUAGCAAAGGCAACCAAAUUAAAUGAUGUGAAAUCCUGCAAAGGGACUGCGUUCUGGAUGGCUCCUGAGAUGCAAGCAGUAUUUAGGAUUGGCCAAGGAAUACCACCACCAAUUCCUGAUUCUCUAUCAAAAGAUGCUCGGGAUUUCAUCGACCAAUGCUUACAGGUUAACCCAGAAAAGCGGCCCACUGCUGCUCAGCUCUUGAACCAUUCAUUUGUGCAGCGGCUACUACCAGCUUCAUCACUCCCAGGAUCCGCAGCUUCAUCACUCCCAGGAUCUCCUUCGCCUCAUAACAGCAGACAGUCUUGAGUUUUGUCUUCCAUCAAUUUUGGUGCUGAAAUAUUUGAGUCCAACUGGGUGAUAUCCUGCUGAAACCCUUAAGCCCUCCAUGCUGCACGCCAAGGGUCAAUCUAGCCGUGAAUCUAGAGCACCAGAAGGGCAUGCAUAUGGCUGAUGCUUGUAUACUCCAUUUUUCCAAGUUGAGAGAUUCUCUACAUUGGAGAGCAACUUGUAUUUUCGUCAUCCCUUUUUCCCCUUGUGGGGUAAUUGAUUUCUUUAAAUGAUUGUUUAGUGUGCAAUCGUUUUCUUUUCAGUAGAUAAGUGGGAAUAGGGGAAAUUUUUGUGUUUUUUUUUUUUUUUUUUCUGUUUGUAAAAUUAAAUUUUAGUUUGUAUAUAAGUUCCAAGUGUAUCAAAAAUGUAAUUAUUUUUUCGUCAUGUAUCGGAUGAGGCAGAGUUGUAUCUUCAGAAAGUCUCAUGCACUGAGGGUUUUUGUUGGUUUAGUGUGCCUAUUUAGUGUUUCGUUUGUUGUGUUUUCUA